GAGCAGUUUUUUAAAAAGUGUUUAAUAAAGCUCACUUCCUCUUUGCAGGGGUGGCGGAAGUACGUCAGUUGCAUCAGCACUGAGGGGUUUGCUGCACCGACUCUCCAGUUUCAGUGUAGAGGAGACAGUGAAGAGAGCAGAUUUUAAUCACCUCUGUCUCUUUAAGAACAUUCAUCAAACCUUUAGGAUUAAAAGCAAAGGAGAAAAUCUUCCGAUUCUACGAGCAGACUGACAACCACGGACCGAUUAAGAGAAUGGAUUUAUAAAACUUCCAGGCCGGGAAUAAGCGCUUUCAGGGGGAGGGAGAGAAUGGAUGGGGUUUAAUGCUAAUCGGGUGGAUUUAAAUAAAUACAUAACAUAAAACGUGAAUAAUAUGCAGAAGACUCGGGAGAUUCCAGCGUGCGUGUGAGUGUUUUUUUUUUUUUUUGGUUUGGUUUGGUUUGAAAAUGAGUGCAACUUGGAGCGAUGAGAAAUGAUUAACAGCUGAAACUUGCAGAUCAUGUAAAGAAGUGGACAUUGACGGAACAUCAAUAUUGAAUCUAUGUAUAACAAACAGAAUCCGCACGGAUGUUUUCUGUUUUCGUGGGAUCUGGAUCUGUAUUGAAAAACAAGGAGCAGCAAUGUGAUUUUUUUUUUUCGUUCUCCGUAACAUGCAUGUGUUUUAAUUGUGUGUUUUGCCAUUGCACAAAGUUGCAAAGCGAGUGAUAUUUUGUUGCAGUUUGGCACCUGCCCGGUGGAAGAAGGCAUCGCUGGUUUUAUUUGGGUUUCCAGGAGUAUUUGGAUCGCUGAAGGUCUGCUUUGGCGGAUUAUUUGGAAUCGUGUCUGUAAUAUUUUCGGGAGAUUCGGAUUCAAGGUCAUUCUGUGGAAUUGUGCGUGUUUGUUUUGUUUUUUUUUCGUGGAAUUUGCGAGCGGUUAUUUUCUCUUCUUCGAAGGGUAAACCAACCGCAAUUUUAUCAUCUUAUUUUAUAGUAAAUAAUUUAUAAAUGGAUGGUAAAAUGAGGCAGAGCCGGAGAUCCAGGUCUCAAAGGGACCAGGUAAGGAGAAGGGAGUCUGCUAGCACGGAUGCCCGCAAUCAGAGUCCUUCCUCCGGCUCUGACAGGGACGAGAGUCCCGGCAGGGAACAUGCUUCACAAAAUGGGAAAAAAACUCAAAAUGUGUCUGCUUCUGUCCGUGCCCCCCGGCCCCCGAGGAGGAAGAGAAGGGAAUCCGGCUCUCAAGAGGAGGUUAUUAUUGAUGGUUUUGCCAUAUCCAGUUUUAUCACGCUGGAGUUCUUGGAGAAGGACCUCGCUCUCAAGCCCCAGGAGCGGCUGCUUGUGAAGAAGCGGAGGGGGCUGGAGAACGGGGGGACAGCGGAGCCAGCUCAGAACGGACACCUCGACGGAUACGGGAGCACCGAGAGAGAGCAGGACCGGGGCAAGAAGAAAGUGCCGCUCAAGAAAUCCAAGCAGAUGAAGGGAUGCUUGACCCAGACCAGCAAGAACAGCGAGGAAGACCCUCUGCAGGAGCUCACAGGACCCCAUCUGAGUGAGAGUUCCACUCACUGCUUUUCAGGACAUGGCUACUCGUGUGACAGCGAAAGCGACGUCGAUGAUAAGGCAUCUGAUGUAGGAUCAGAGAAGCUCUUCUCCCCCACACUAAGUAAAGGUCUGAACUCGAAUGAAAAUCUUGAAUCGAAGAUAUCAAGCUCGACCAAAGUCUCUGGGCUCCAGCGUAGCCAGGAGCAGAGCACAGAGGUUCCCUUUGUGCCUCCUGCGCCCAGCCCCAUCCCCGCCUCCCCUCCCGCUGCAUCCUCACUGCCCACUGCUGCUGCCGCCAGCACUGCGGCUCCCCCGCCCAGCACCAGAGUCCGCAGCCCACCUCCGCCUGUGAAGAAGGCAGCAGCCGUCCGACUGCCAACCCCAUCCCCGCUGCCCGCCCAAUCACAACCUCAGACAGAGCUCCGAGCUCCGCCCCCUCAGGUCCACGCCCCGCCCAUAUUCAACCACCAAGUGCAUCACCAGCUGCAACAUUACAACAGUCUUAAUAAUAUCAGCAGCAGAAGCAGCAGCGCGAGCAGUGCGGCCAGCGCCAGCCUCCCGAAACACCACCUCCCCCCCUCCCCCCAUUUCGCUGGCCACCCCUCGUCCAAUCCCGCCCUGCCGCUGUCCAUUGCCAGCCUCGCUACCUCGCACUAUUCGCUGCGACCACCGCCACACCACCAUCCGGCCAUGUUCGCAACCCCAGCUACACUGCCACCACCUCCAACCUUACCAACAAACAGUCUCGUGGUCCCAGGGCACCCCUCGGGGGCCGGCUUUCCAGAGCAUGGCCUGCUGCGGCAAGAGCUGAACAACCGCUUCCUGGUUCAGAGUUCAGAGCGGAGCGGCGCAGCAACCUCCCUGUCUCUACUGAGAGCUGAGUUUCACCAACACCAGCAUACGCACCAGCACCAACACACCCACCGACACACCUUCACGCCCAUUCCCGCCAGCAUUGCUCCGCCCACUGCACCGCCCGUGCUGCCUACCCCACCCCGAAAUUUCGAUAAGUACGCUCCCAAACUAGACAACCCAUUCCUGCGGCACUCGAGUUUCUACCCAUCGUACCCGCAAACCAUGUCCGGAAUGCCUCCCCUGCUCCCCCAUACAGGUCCUUUCAGCUCUCCCCACGGAGCCUUCCAGCCUUCCAAGGCCUCGAACCCUCUGGAUGUAGCGGGUCGACCGGGCGGUGUGCCCCACACACUCCUGCAGAAAGACCCACGGGUAUCGGAUCCCUACAGAACACCUGUCAGAAAACCUGGUAAAUGGUGCGCUGUUCACGUGCAAAUCGCCUGGCAAAUCUAUCACCACCAGCAGAAAAUGAAGCAAAUGCAGGUGGAACCUCACAAACUGGACAUGAACGGGAAGCUGGACCUGUUCAGCCGGCCCCCAGCCCCAGGCGUCUUCCCAGGGUUCCCCUAUCCCCACGACCUGGCCAGACCCCUCUUCUCCUCCACAGGAACGGGUCACCCAGCGGCUGCUUCUCCUUAUGGACACUCCCCCCACCACAGCAGCUUCCUGCCUACCGGCCACCUGGCAGGUAAGUAUCCUUUCAGUCGCUCCAGUAGCUUUGGCAGCCUUGGCAGCCUCGGAACCAGUGCCUUCGGAGGAUUAGGCAACCCCUCGAUCGCUCCCAGCUCUGUUUUUGGACACAAAGAAGGCCACGGCCUACCUGGCUUCAGCAGCCCCCACCACGACACGUGGAACCGCCUCCAUCGGGCCCCACCCUCCUUCCCCACCCCGCCCCAGUGGCCAAAGGCAGCCGACGUGGAACGCAGCUCCUCAGUGACCAAUCACGACCGGGAGAGGGAUAGAGAGCCAGAGAAACGGGACUCCUCCAUCGGCAGAGAGGAGAGAGAUAAGGACAGGUCAGUAUACAUGACUGACGCUGGCAUGCACAGAAGGGAGUCCCCUCUUUAUCAAUACAACAGAAGGGAUUCCCUGGAUAAGAACCGCCACUCCAACAGGUCGUCCCCGGCAUCCGCCCCGGGCAGCUACCAGAUCAGCAGCCUCAUCCGCAGCAACAGCCAGACCUCCAGCGACUCCAGCAGGCAGCACAGCAGCAGCACCGAGCGCAGCCGGGAGCCAGAGCGGGAGCUCCUGGAGCGGCAGAGGGAGUCGGCGCUCACGGGAGACAUCAAGGUGAAGGAGAGCCGCUCGCCGGGCAAGGAGAUGCCCAUCCAGGAGAUGACCAAGCCGGCCCACCAGCCGCCCUCCCCCUACGGCAAGCCCAUCCUGACAGACGCGGGGCUCAAGCUGAAAGACGGGGAGAGGAAAGCGGGGGAGCCGCCCUCGGCGGAGCUGCUCCACAAGGUGAAGAACGACGUGAAGAUCAAAGAGGAGAGGAAGGAGGACCAGGAGGUGAUGGUGGUGAGCAUGGAGCCGCCCCCCUCCCAGCCACCACCCCAGCAGCAGCACCUUCACCAUCAGCCCCCACGCUGCACGGAGAUGCCUUCCCCUGCCUCUCUCCACGGGGUUCACCUGCCCCACUCCAUGCCUCUCUCUAUGAGCGGGGUGCACCAAGUCAACAGCCUCAGUGCCCUGGACCGCGCGCGGAUGGCCCCCUUCAUGGGAAUCAACCCCCUGGUUCCCGGGAGAGACCGCGUGCCCCCUCCCGGCUUCACCUGGGACCCCCUCCGCGACCCCCUGAGGGAGGCGUACCGCAACCUGGACCUGCAGAGGCGGAUGGACUUCCAGCUGCGGGCGGAGCAGAGCCACCGCUUCCCUGCGAUGUUCGAGCCCGAGCGAGGCUACAGGGACCGGGAGCCCCACGAGUACUCCCACCACGAGCACCUGCUGGAGGCGCGGGCGCGGGAGCACGAGCGGCUCCGACAGGCUGAGGAGAGGGAGAGGAUGCACCUCCGCGAGGAGCUGGACCGGGCGCGGCUGCACCAGCUUCACCAGUCCCCCAUCGAGGGCCACCUGCCCCACAUACCACCCUUCAUGUCCCCCCUGGGCGGUAUGCAUUACCACAGACUGAGCCCCUCGGCCGCCCACAACGGAAUGCUAAACAGGACCCCACCCACUGCCGCCUUGAGCGCCCCUCCGCCUUUAGUGUCUGCGGGCAUCCCCAGACCUGCCUCCCCCCGAAGGACUACCCCCCUCACUGCCUCCGAGCCCAGGGACUACUCCCCGUCACGCAAACCCAAAGAAGUGGAAGCUCGAUAGCUUCAACCUAACACACACACGCGCGCACGCACACACACACACGUACAAAACUGACCUUUCCAAAUAGAAAUGCACUGCUUUUGAAAAAAAAAGAGAGAGAAAGAGAAAAAAACAGAACUGUACAUUUGUAAAACCGAAGAAGCACACGACUUGCUUUGUUUUUUUUGGGGGGGGGGAAGGGAGGUCAGGAUAGGAGGGGGUUAUAAAAAAUACAAAUACAGUUAAUUUUCUGUACCAAUUUUUAAAUUUGAGAUUAAUAUAUUAAUCAGAUUAGAUAUUUGUCACGUGCGAGGUGGGAUUUUGAAAUAACAAGUUUGGAUGUUUCUUUUUCUCUUCCCUUGUGACAAAGUUGUUUUUAUGGAUUUGUAUAUAUAUUAUUUUUAUUUCCUUUUUGACCAGAUUAAGUCCAUUAGUUAGAAGAUCUUCAGUCUCCUUGUUUGUAUUAUUUAUCACAGGUGACUGUGAAACGCUGAGCUGCAGGCCCACAUUUAUUUUUUACUGUGUCUGUUACCUGAAAAAUACUCAGAAAUGACAAUGUACAAAGUUACAUUACAGGAUUUUAUUUUUGCCUUAAAGAUUACGAGGUCUUUUGUUUGAGUUCUGUAUAAAAAAUAUUGUAAAGAAUAUUCUGUUGAUAUUCCUUGGGGGUGGAAAAAUAUGUGUAAAUUGAAUAGGCUUUUUAAAUGUUUAUAGAAAAAAAAAAAAAAAAACAGAACCCCUACUUCUUACCAAGUUCUGAUUACCAUGGUUACAGACGGACAUCAUGUUGGAAACUCAAUGACAGAGGAGCCCCCCUGUGUGUUUUAAUCUUCGAUCUAUGCAAAGAGCUGUUGGGGACGGGCCCAUGUGGAACAGCGGGUGGAAUGGAAAGCAUUGGAGAGAUACAAAGACUGGCAGAAACAUGGAUUCAUGGGAUUUAUUUUUUGUUAUGAAAAAAGACCAGACUACAAAUAUAUACCUGAAAUGAACAUCCUUGUAGCCCCAGAAAGUGAGGCGAGGGGGGGGGGGGGGGGAGGGAGAAGACACUGUUUGAUCGGGCGGCAGUGGACUCUGUCUGUCGACCUUGUGCUGUUGUGCGGUGUUUUUCUUAGACUCUUGUAUACGAAACAAGUAGAGUUUUAGGUGUGCAGAAAAAAAAAAAAUGAAAUAAAAGUUGGGAUCUCACAUCUAUGGUAAAGUGAAGUCCAUGAACAGAUGUUUUGUUUUGGUAUGAAGUACCUUUGGUGUGGGUUUUAUUCCGUUUUGUGGGGGUGAUUCAUCUGGAAAUCACAAACAUGAAGCAUGCAGCCUAUAUACAACGGUCUUUGAUAUAAAGUGUGUGUAAAUACGAUCGGCCCAGAAGAUCUUGUAAUUCUGGCCAGGCUUUCCCUUUAGGAAGUGUUUUUGAAGGUGUUGACGAUUAUUAACCUGGAAUAACAGUUUAUUCCAGUAACGUUUCAGACGACACGUUACUAGUGUACAUUUUCAUGUCGGGUAAUAAAAAAGGAAUUGCAAGUUU